UUUUUUCUAUCCUGUGGAGGGCAGUAAUAUACCCAGUAGCCUUCAAACAUUGAGAACAUAGAAGAAGAAGAAAAGGGGAAAAGAGCAGGACGAGGUGAGAAAUCAAUGAAGGAUGCAGUCUCCUGACGUUUGCGCCAGGAUGGGUCGCAGCGAGGAGCUCAGUGACUUCCAGCGCGGGACAGUCGUCGGGUGUCACAUGUGCAAGAAGUCCGUGCGCGAGAUAUCUGCUCUGCUUAACCUGCCGCGCUCCACCGUGAGCGCUGUCAUCUUGAAGUGGAAACGUGGAGGAAUAACGACGGCUCUGCCCCGGAGCGGCCGACCGCACAAGCUCAAAGAGGAGGACCGUCAAGUGCUGGAGAAAGUAGCGCUGGAGAACUGCUCGCCCUCGGUGGAAGCUCUCACCGCCGAGUUUCAGAGCGCCUCCGGGGCCAAAGUGAGCGCGAGGACUGUCCGCCGGGAGCUGCACGAGAUGGGCUUCCGUGGCCGAGUGUCCACGUACAACAAGCCUAAAGGAGGGGGAAAAGCGGAGCAGAAGCCGGCAGCUCCAAGCCAAGAAGAAGCCAGGGUGGACGCGUCUCGUCUGGACCUGCGUGUCGGACGUAUAAUCACAACGCUGCAGCUUCCAGAGACUGACGGUCUGUAUGUGGAGCAGGUCGAUGUUGGAGAGGCGUCUCCCAGGACGGUGGUCAGCGAGCUAGCUAAGCACAUACCUCUGGACCAGAUGCAGAACCGCAUGGCAGUGCUGCUGUGUAACCUGAAGCCAGCCAAGACGAGAGGAGUGAUGUCCCAGGCUACGCUCAUGUGUGUCAGAUCAUCGGACAGGGUCGAAAUUCUUGAACCUCCAAGUGGAUCAGAACCGGGGGACAGAGUUACUUUGCAGGGCUUCCCAGGUGAACCGGACAAAGAGCUGAACCCCAAACAGAAGGUGUGGGAGCAGAUCCAAGCCCGACCUCCGCACGGACGGCCAGUGUGUCGCAACCUACAAGGGAGCUGCCUUUGAAGUCGCCGGUAAAGGAGUGUGCAAAGUCCAAACCCUGAGCGACAGUGACAUUAAAUAAACCGAUAGAGCUGCUCGAAAAAGCUCAGUGCAGCCAGACAAGAUCCAAAAUGUUGGGAGGAGCCUUCUAAGAAGAGUGGAGGCCGUUGCAGCAGCGUAUUAACGCCCUCGGUUUCGGAACGACACGUCCAACAAUCACAUGGGUGUUAAGUUUGAGCGUUCACAUACUAUUGUCCUGUAAGAAAGGAAAGUGAAGAGUACGUUGCCCUCUGUUGGACGGACAUGAACGUCACUGUUACUUUUAUUUUUUUAAUGGAUAUCUGAAGUUCUGCAUUUGGCCAAAGGAGGGCACUUCAGUCCCCGUGAUGAUGUACAGUAUGCGUGUGGUGAGACGCUGCACAGUCAUACCAGCGUGGUGAAAAGAAUGGAAACUCUUACAAAGAAUCCCUUUUCGCUGGGGAAUGUUUGAUCAAAUGUAAAUGUUGUCCCGUUGACCUCAGUGGUCAGUUCCACUGAACAGUGGAUGAAAUGCAAGAAGACACAGUGCAUUUUUCUUAUCUCAGUAUUUUUAGUCUUUGGGCAUGUACUGUACUUUUUAUUUCAUUAUAAUUUAUAGACGAAAAGUAGUCUGAUGUACCCAAAGACUAAAUAUAGUAUGCUAAGAAAAUGUCUGUAUGUCAGAGGCUACAAGGUAAACAGUCAAGUAUUUAGUAUUUAUAGAUAAAUAUACAUAAAUAAAGUUUAAUAACAAAGAUAUAUAUACAUAUAUACUGUAUAAAAAUAUAUUUCUUAUGAAAGGUAUUUAAUAGUUUUUCCUCAU